AUGGACGUGGACGUGGACGUGGAGGUGGACGUGGACGUGGACAUAGACGUGGAUGUGGACGUGGACGUGGACGUGGACGUGGACGUGGACAUGAACGUGGACGUGGACAUGGACGUGGACGUGGACGUGGACGUAGACGUGGAGGUGGACGUGGAGGUGGAGGUGGACAUGGACGUGGACAUGGACGUCGACAUGGACGUGGACGUGGACGUGGACGUGGACAUGGACGUGGACAUGGACGUGGACGUGGACGUGGACGUGGACGUGGACGUGGACGUAGAAAUGGACGUGGACGUGGACGUGGAGGUGGACGUGGACGUGGACGUGGACCUGGAGGUGGACGUGGACAUGGACGUCGACAUGGACGUCGACAUGGACGUGGACAUGGACGUGGACGUGGACGUGGACGUGGACGUGGACGUGGACAUGGACGUGGACAUGGACGUGGACGUGGACGUGGACGUGGACAUGGACGUGGACGUGGACAUGGACGUGGACAUGGACGUGCACGUGGACAUGGACGUUGACGUGGACGUGGACGUGGACGUGGACCACGUGGACGUGGACGUGGACAUGGACGUGGACGUGGACGUGGACGUGCACAUGGACGUGGAGGACGUGGACGUGGACAUGGACGUGGACGUGGACAGGGAUGUGGACGUGGAGGUGGACGUGGACGUGGACGUGGAGGUGGACGUGGAGGUGGACGUGGACAUGGACGUGGACAUGGAGGUGGACAUGGACAUGGACGUGGACGUGGACAUGGACGUGGACGUGGAGGUGGAUGUGGACAUGGACGUGGACGUGGAUGUGGACGUGGACAUGGACGUGGACGUGGACGUGGACAUGGACGUGGACAUGGACGUGGACGUGGACGUGGACAUGGACAUGGACGUGGACGUGGACGUGGACAUGGACGUGGACGUGGACAUGGACGUCGACAUGGACGUGCACGUGGACAUGGACGUGGACGUGGACGUGGACGUGGACCACGUGGACGUGGACCACGUGGACGUGGACGUGGACCACGUGGACGUGGACGUGGACAUGGACGUGGACAUGGACGUGCACGUGGACGUGGACGUGGACAUGGACGUGGACGUGGAGGUGCACGUGGACGUGGAGGUGCACGUGGACAUGGACGUGGACGUGGACGUGGACGUGGAUGUGGACGUGGACGUGGACAUGGACGUGGACGUGGACAUGGACGUGGACGUGGACAUCGACGUGGACGUGGACGUGGACGUGGACGUGGACAUGGACGUGGAGGACGUGGACGUGGACAUGGACGUGGACGUGGACAGGGACGUGGACGUGGAGGUGGACGUGGAGAUGGACGUGGACGUGGACAUGGACGUGGACGUGGACGUGGACGUAGACGUGGAGGUGGACGUGGAGGUGGAGGUGGACAUGGACGUGGACAUGGACGUCGACAUGGACGUGGACGUGGACGUGGACGUGGACAUGGACGUGGACAUGGACGUGGACGUGGACGUGGACGUAGAAAUGGACGUGGACGUGGACGUGGAGGUGGACGUGGACGUGGACGUGGACGUGGAGGUGGACGUGGACAUGGACGUCGACAUGGACGUCGACAUGGACGUGGACAUGGACGUGGACGUGGACGUGGACGUGGACGUGGACAUGGACGUGGACAUGGACGUGGACGUGGACGUGGACAUGGACAUGGACGUGGACGUGGACAUGGACGUGGACAUGGACGUGCACGUGGACAUGGACGUGGACGUGGACGUGGACGUGGACCACGUGGACGUGGACGUGGACAUGGACGUGGACGUGGACGUGGACGUGGACGUGCACAUGGACGUGGAGGACGUGGACAUGGACAUGGACGUGGACGUGGACAGGGACGUGGACGUGGAGGUGGACGUGGACGUGGACGUAGACAUGGACGUGGACAUGGACGUGGACGUGGACAGGGACGUGGACGUGGACGUGGACAUGGACGUGGACGUGGACGUGGACGUGGACGUGGACGUGGACAUGGACGUGGACGUGGACAUGGACGUGGACGUGGACGUGGACGUGGACGUGGACAUGGACGUGGACGUGGACAGGGACGUGGACGUGGACAUGGACGUGGACGUGGACAUGGACGUGGACGUGGACGUGGACGUGGACGUGGACGUGGAGGUGGACGUGGAGGUGGAGGUGGACAUGGACGUGGACAUGGACGUCGACAUGGACGUGGACGUGGACGUGGACGUGGACGUGGACAUGGACGUGGACAUGGACGUGGACGUGGACGUAGAGGUCGACGUGGAGGUGGACGUGGACGUGGACGUGGAGGUGGACGUGGAGGUGGACGUGGACAUGGACGUCGACAUGGACGUGGACAUGGACGUGGACGUGGACGUGGACGUGGACGUGGACAUGGACGUGGACGUGGACUUGGACGUGGACGUGGACGUGGACAUGGACGUGGACGUGGACGUGGACAUGGACGUGGACGUGGACGUGGACGUGGACGUGGACAUGGACGUGGACAUGGACAUGGACAUGGACGUGGACAUGGACGUGGACAUGGACGUGGACAUGGACGUCGACAUGGACGUGGACAUGGACGUGGACGUGGACGUGGACGUGGACGUGGACAUGGACGUGGACUUGGACGUGGACGUGGACGUGGACGUGGACGUGGACAUGGACGUGGACUUGGACGUGGACAUGGACGUAGACAUGGACGUGGACGUGGACGUGGACAUGGACGUGGACGUGGACGUGGACGUGGACGUAGACGUGGAGGUGGAGGUGGAGGUGGACGUGGACAUGGACGUCGACAUGGACGUGGACGUGGACGUGGACGUGGAGGUGGACGUGGACGUGGACGUGGACGUGGAGGUGGACGUGGAGGUGGACGUGGAGGUGGACGUGGAGGUGGACGUGGACGUGGACGUGGACGUGGAGGUGGACGUGGAGGUGGACGUGGAGGUGGACGUGGAGGUGGACGUGGACGUGGACCUGGACGUGGACAUGGACGUGGACUUGGACGUGGACGUGGACGUGGACGUGGACAUGGACGUGGACAUGGACGUGGACGUGGACGUGGACGUGGAGGUGGACGUGGAGGUGGACGUGGAGGUGGACGUGGACGUGGAGGUGGACGUGGACGUGGAGGUGGAGAUGGACGUGGAGGUGGACGUGGACGUGGAGGUGGACGUGGACGUGGAGGUGGACGUGGACGUGGAGGUGGACGUGGACGUGGACGUGGACGUAGACGUGGAGGUGGACGUGGACGUGGACGUGGACGUGGACGUGGACGUGGACGUGGACAUGGACGUGGACGUGGACGUGGACGUGGACGUGGACGUGGACGUGGACAUGGACGUGGACAUGGACGUGGACGUGGACGUGGACGUGGACGUGGAGGUGGACGUGGACGUGGACGUGGACGUGGAGGUGGACGUGGACGUGGAGGUGGACGUGGACGUGGACGUGGAGGUGGACCUGGACGUGGAGGUGGACGUGGACGUGGAGGUGGAGAUGGACGUGGAGGUGGACGUGGACGUGGAGGUGGACGUGGACGUGGAGGUGGACGUGGACGUGGAGGUGGACGUGGACGUGGAGGUGGACGUGGACGUGGACGUGGAGGUGGACGUGGACGUGGACGUGGACGUGGACGUGGACAUGGACGUGGACGUGGACGUGGACAUGGACGUGGACGUGGACAUGGACGUGGACAUGGACAUGGACAUGGACGUGGACAUCGACGUGGACAUGGACGUGGACAUGGACGUCGACAUGGACGUGGACAUGGACGUGGACGUGGACGUGGACGUUGACGUGGACGUGGACGUGGACGUGGACAUGGACGUGGACUUGGACGUGGACGUGGACAUGGACGAAGACAUGGACGUGGCCGUGGACGUGGACUUGGACGUGGACGUGGACGUGGACGUGGACAUGGACGUGGACAUGGACGUGGCCUUGGACGUGGACGUGGACGUGGACGUGGACAUGGACGUAGACAUGGACGUGGACGUGGACGUGGACAUGGACGUGGACGUGGACGUGGACGUGGACGUGGACGUGGACGUGGACGUAGACGUGGAGGUGGAGGUGGAGGUGGACGUGGACAUGGACGUGGACAUGGACGUGGACGUGGACGUGGAGGUGGACGUAGACGUGGACGUGGACGUGGAGGUGGACGUGGAGGUGGACGUGGAGGUGGACGUGGAUAUGGACGUGGGCGUGGACGUAGACAUGGACGUGGACGUGGACGUGGACGUGGACGUGGACGUGGACGUGGACGUGGACGUGGACGUGGACAUGGACGUGGACUUGGACGUGGACGUGGACAUGGACGAAGACAUGGACGUGGCCGUGGACGUGGACUUGGACGUGGACGUGGACGUGGACGUGGACAUGGAGGUGGACAUGGACGUGGCCUUGGACGUGGACGUGGACGUGGACGUGGACAUGGACGUAGACAUGGACGUGGACGUGGACGUGGACAUGGACGUGGACGUGGACGUGGACGUGGACGUGGACGUAGACGUGGAGGUGGAGGUGGAGGUGGACGUGGACAUGGACGUCGACAUGGACGUGGACGUGUGGACGUGGACGUGGACGUGGACGUGGACGUGGACGUGGACGUGGACGUGGACGUGGACGUGGACGUGGACGUGGACGUGGACGUGGACAUGGACGUGGACGUGGACGUGGACGUGGACGUGGAGGUGGACGUGGACGUGGACGUGGACGUGGACGUGGACGUGGACGUGGAGGUGGACGUGGAGGUGGACGUGGACGUGGAGGUGGACGUGGAGGUGGACGUGGAGGUGGACGUGGGCGUGGACGUGGGCGUGGACGUGGACAUGGACGUCGACAUGGACGUGGACGUGUGGACGUGGACGUGGACGUGGACGUGGACGUGGACGUGGACGUGGACGUGGACGUGGACGUGGACGUGGACGUGGACUUGGACGUGGACGUGGAGGUGGACGUGGAGGUGGACGUGGACGUGGACGUGGACGUGGAGGUGGACGUGGAGGUGGACGUGGGCGUGGACGUGGGCGUGGACGUGGACAUGGACGUCGACGUGGACGUGGACGUGUGGACGUGGACGUGGACGUGGACGUGGACGUGGACGUGGACGUGGACGUGGACUUGGACGUGGACGUGGACGUGGACGUGGAUGUGGACGUGGAUGUGGACAUGGACGUGGACGUGGACGUGGACGUGGACGUGGACGUGGACGUGGACGUGGACGUGGAGGUGGACGUGGACGUGGAGGUGGACGUGGACGUGGAGGUGAACGUGGAGGUGGAGGUGGAGGUGGACGUGGAGGUGGACGUGGACGUGGAGGUGGACGUGGACGUGGAGGUGGAGAUGGACGUGGAGGUGGACGUGGACGUGGAGGUGGACGUGGACGUGGAGGUGGACGUGGACGUGGAGGUGGACGUGGACGUGGACGUGGAGGUGGACGUGGAGGUGGACGUGGACGUGGACGUGGACGUGGACGUGGACGUGGACGUGGACGUGGAGGUGGACGUGGAGGUGGACGUGGAGGUGGACGUGGAGGUGGACGUGGAGGUGGACGUGGAGGUGGACGUGGAGGUGGACGUGGAGGUGGACGUGGACGUGGACGUGGACGUGGACGUGGAGGUGGACGUGGACGUGGACGUGGACGUGGACGUGGAGGUGGACGUGGACGUGGACGAGGACGUGGACGUGGACGAGGACGUGGACGUGGACGAGGACGUGGACGUGGACGUGGACGUGGACGUGGACGUGGACGUGGACAUGGACGUGGACGUGGACGUGGACGUGGACGUGGACGUGGACGUGGACAUGGACGUGGACGUGGACAUGGACGUGGACGUGGACAUGUACGUGAACAUGGACGUGGACGUGGACGUGGACGUGGACGUGGACGUGGACGUGGACGUGGACAUGGACGUGGACGUGGACGUGGACGUGGACGACGUGGACAUGGAUGUGGACGUGGACGUGGACGUGGACGUGGACGUGGACGUGGACGUGGACGUGGACGUGGACGUAGACGUGGACGUGGACAUGGACGUGGACGUGGACGUGGACGUGGACGUGGACGUGGACAUGGACGUGGACGUGGACGUGGACGUGGACGUGGACAUGGACGUGGACGUGGACGUGGACGUGGACACGUGGACGUGGACGUGGACGUGGACGUGGACGUGGACGUGGACGUGGACUGACGUGGACGUGGACGUGGACGUGGACGUGGACGUGGACGUGGACGUGGACGUGGACGUGGACGUGGACGUGGAGGUGGACGUGGACGUGGACGUGGACGUGGAGGUGGACGUGGAGGUGGACGUGGACGUGGAGGUGGACGUGGAGGUGGACGUGGACGUGGACGUGGACGUGGACGUGGACGUGGACGUGGACGUGGACGUGGAGGUGGACGUGGACGUGGACCUGGACGUGGAGGUGGACGUGGACGUGGAGGUGGACGUGGACGUGGAGGUGGAGAUGGACGUGGAGGUGGAGGUGGACGUGGAGGUGGACGUGGACGUGGACGUGGACGUGGACGUGGAGGUGGACGUGGACGUGGACGUGGACGUGGACGUGGAGGUGGACGUGGACGUGGACGUGGACGUGGACGUGGACGUGGACGUGGACGUGGAGGUGGACGUGGAGGUGGACGUGGACGUGGACGUGGACGUGGACGUGGACGUGGACCUGGACGUGGACGUGGACCUGGAGGUGGACGUGGAGGUGGACGUGGACGUGGAGGUGGACGUGGACGUGGAGGUGGACGUGGAGGUGGACGUGGACGUGGACGUGGACGUGGAGGUGGACGUGGACGUGGACGUGGACGUGGACGUGGACGUGGACGUGGAGGUGGACGUGGAGGUGGACGUGGACUUGGACGUGGACGUGGACGUGGAGGUGGACGUGGAGGUGGACGUGGAGGUGGACGUGGACGUGGAGGUGGACGUGGACGUGGACGUGGAGGUGGACGUGGAGGUGGACGUGGAGGUGGACGUGGACGAGGACGUGGACGUGGACUUGGACGUGGACGUGGACGUGGACGUGGACGUGGACAUGGACGUGGACGUGGACAUGGACGUGGACGUGGACGUGGACAUGGACGUGGACAUGGACGUGGACGUGGACAUGGACGUGGACGUGGACAUGGACGUGGACGUGGACGUGGACAUGGACGUGGACGAUGUGGACAUGGAUAGGUGGACGUGGACGUGGACGUGGACGUGGACGUGGACGUGGACGACGUGGACAUGGACGUGGACGUGGACUGACGUGGACAUGGACGUGGACGUGGACGUGGACGUGGACUUGGACGUGGACGUGGACGUGGACGUGGACGUGGACGUGGACGUGGACAUGGACGUGGACGUGGACGUGGACAUGGACGUGGACGUGGACGUGGACGUGGACGUGGACGUGGACAUGGACGUGGACGUGGACGUGGACAUGGACGUGGACGUGGACGUGGACGUGGACGUGGACGUGGACAUGGACGUGGACGUGGACGUGGACAUGGACGUGGACGUGGACAUGUAUGUGAACAUGGACGUGGACAUGGACGUGGACGUGGACGUGGACGUGGACGUGGACGUGGACGUGGACGUGGACAUGGACAUGGACGUGGACGUGGACAUGGACGUGGACGUGGACGUGGACUUGGACGUGGACAUGGACGUGGACGUGGACGUGGACAUGGACGUGGACAUGUCGCAUGCUUGUGUCCGGAUGCAUGCUUGA